AUGUCUAAGGAUCACAAGAACUUGCUGCAAAAAAAUAAUCUGCCAGAGCUAAAACCACCAGAGAGUAGUAAUCAAGAUGAUGAUAAGGCGGCGAUUGAAGCAUCAGAAGACUGUGAAGAUUGCAAAACUCCGACUUCUAUUGAACACAAGAUACCAACCAUUCAAAGCUGCCCACCAACACCAAGAAAGAAAGUGCAAGUAUCUUUUUACAAGAGAAAAAGGAGUGAGGUUCCGUUCUUUGAAGGAUCUGGGCGUGAGGAAGUAGAGUCUUUCCUUAGAUCAUUAAGCUCUGAGCUAUCCAAUAAGGUUGAACUUGAAUCUCAUGCUGUCAAGAAGAUAAAGAGAUGUUGGAGUUUUUGA